CAUUUCUCUUUCAUCCACGUCUCUCUCUCAUGGCCACUUCCCUCAUCACCACUGUCCUCCUCCUCUUCUCUUCAUCGAUCCUACCGUCCAUUGCCCAGGCUCGGCCACGGGCUGACAUGAUCGCGCGGAUAUGCCAGAACACACCCGAGAAUGACAUAUCGAUGUUCGCGGAAAACUUCGUGCGAUCCAUGGACGCAGUUCAAGUCCAGAUCGAACGGCAGGGAUUUGGCUACUCGUCGAUCGGAGUACCACCCGAUCGGACGUACGUGAUGGCCGAAUGCAUAGGCGAUCUCUCCCUAUCCGAAUGCUCGAUCUGCUUCUCAGAGAUGGCGCCGCUCCUCCAUGGCUGCUUCCCCACGAAUGGAGGGCGCGUUUACAUGGAUGGAUGUUUCAUCAGGGUAGAGAAUUACAGCUUCUACGGUGAGAUUGUGACGGAUGCGGAUACAACGGUAUGUGAGAACUUUGGUAGAACUGAGCCGAGUUAUGGAGAUGCUGCCCGCCGGAUGAUUGAUGAUCUUAUUGCAAAUGCACCGGGGAACAAUGGAUUCUGGCAAGGGCAUGGGAAAUCGAUGGAUGGGGAUGUGUUCGGUCUAGCGAAUUGUUGGAAGACACUGGGCCACUACUCAUGCGAGUCAUGCCUUCAGAACGCAGCUGCAAAUGUGCUCUCAUCUUGCCUGCCGGGAAAGGAAGGGCGGGCGCUCAAUGCCGGAUGCUUUAUAAGAUAUUCCAACACCAAGUUCACCAACAUCAAGGACUUUUGGUUGCAUAAAACGCUGUUGACAACAUUUAUCCUCUUCAUUGUUGGCCUAAUGUUGAUAUCGGGGUCGGCCAUCGCCCUCGGAGUAUGCGCGGGAAAAUUCUUUUACCGCCUACUACAUAGCAAGGGAGGAAGAUCAUAUGAUAUAGACAUGGACUCUUCGUUGAUGCAAAGAAGCAUGCAGUUCAAGUACUCAACUCUAGAGAAGGCCACAUCUUUCUUCAGUCCAUCCAAUAAGCUUGGACAAGGAGGAUUUGGUGAAGUAUACAAAGGAGUCUUAGCAGAUGGUAGAGAAAUCACAGUCAAGCGGCUAUUUAUAAAUGCGCGGAGCCGAAGCAUAGAAGUAUACAACGAGAUGAAUGUGGUGAGCCGAGCCCAACACAAGAACUUGGUUCGGUUCCUCGGUUGUAGCCUAAAUGGACCCGAAAGCCUUCUAGUUUACGAAUUCGUUCCCAACAAGAGUCUUGAUGGAAUGCUAUUCGACCCAGAAAAGAAGAAAGAACUGGACUGGACGAAGAGGCUGGGAAUAAUUGAAGGAACAGCUGAAGGCCUCGAAUACCUUCACGAGGACUGUGAACAGAAGAUUGUGCAUAGAGACAUCAAAUCUAGCAACGUCUUAUUAGACAUAAGAUACCGACCCAAAAUCGCUGAUUUCGGCCUCGCCAGGAUCUUCUCAGGCAAUGGAAGCCACUGCGCCAACACUGCAGUUGCUGGUACAUUUGGGUACAUGGCACCAGAAUACAUAGCUCAUGGGCAAUUAACAGAGAAAGUGGAUGUGUACAGCUAUGGAGUUCUUGUAUUGGAAAUCAUCAGCGGUAUCCAAAACAACAAAUUCAAGUCUCAGGGGCCAUCCCUUGACAGCCUAGUAACAGCUACAUGGAAGCACUUUCAAUCAAAAACACUGUCAGAGAUCAUAGACAAAAGCAUGGGGUUGGAUGACACAGGAGUAAAAGAGGCUUCAAGAGCAGCUCAGGUGGGCCUUUUGUGCACACAAGCAGUGCCGACCCUGCGUCCUUCAAUGACAGAGGUAGUUCGGAUGCUUAGACAAAAGGAGCUCAAAAUCCCCGCGCCUACGAAACCUCCUUUUGUCAAUGAAGCCAUGGAACUCUCCAUGGAACUGUCACAUGAACCAGAGUCAGACAGCUCUUACACUGCUUUCCGUCCAAGUGUUUCAAACGCUCAUCGUUAUAAUGAACUUGACCCUAGAUGA